UCUUCCUCCUCUUCUUCUACCCUCUGUCCAUUGUAUCUGCAAUUCUGCAUUAAGCUUGAAAGACAGUAGGUACAGAGCUGUCUCUGUAGCUACUAGAUAGUCAUCCUCUUGUUGAACUUCAGUACUGAAAACAAGAUCUGAAUUUGUAUUUGUUUCCCAGGUUCCAUCUAUCACUUUAUGCAGUGAAAGUUUGUAACUACAGGAAAUUAAGGGCGUGGUUUGUAUAAAAUGGGCUGUGUAUCAUCAAAGCAGUUCAAAAGAGCUGCACAACAUGAGGAUCCUGCUAUUCUGGCCAAAGAGACUACAUUUUCAGUGAGUGAAGUGGAGGCCCUCUUUGAGCUGUUCAAGAAGAUAAGCCAUUCCAUAUUCAGAGAUGGUCUCAUUCACAAGGAGGAGUUCCAGCUAGCUCUCUUCAGGAACAGCAACAAGAAGAACCUUUUCGCCAAUCGGAUAUUUGAUCUCUUUGAUCUGAAGCGCAACGGUGUUAUCGAUUUCGGGGAGUUCGUUCGAUCCCUCAGCAUUUUUCACCCGGAAACGCCUUUGGGAGACAAGAUUGCCUUUGCAUUUAGGUUGUAUGACCUGAGAGGAACUGGAUGCAUUGAACGUGAAGAGUUGCACGAAAUGGUGCUUGCUCUUCUGAAUGAAUCAGAUCUAUUCCUAUCUGAAGAAGCUGUAGAACAAAUCGUGGAUCAGACGUUCAAGCAAGCAGACUUAAACGAUGACGGGAAGAUCGACCCCGAUGAAUGGAAAACGUUUGCGAGUAAAAACCCGGCUUUGCUGAAGAACAUGACUCUUCCAUACCUAAAGGACAUAACCAUGGUAUUCCCCAGCUUUAUUCUGAACUCUGAAGUUUGUGAGGAAGAGUUGUAACAUCCAUGGUACCCUCUGUGCUCCAUUUAUAUUUCUCACAAAGGGGCAUGACUACAUGGGGAAACCAUGGGAACAGAGCUAGAUGAAUCACAAUCAUCAGACAUGGGCACACAGUAUGCAGCAAUAGUGAAGACCUCAGCACUGAAGAACAGUAUGCAGGCUAAGGAUAAAAUGGUUCACCUGUACAUGACUGAUCUUCAGGUCACGAUGAUAUCUCUGAUGGAUCGCAGAAGUUGAGAUGCAUUGUGUUUGGGAGAGUUUCUGGCAGGGCUUGUUUGGCACAGCUCCAGCUCCAGCUCCACCCCUCCUAGAGCUCAGCCAAACAGUUUCAGCUCCACCAAAACUGGGAGUGGAGCUGGGUGGAACUCUCUCACAAAAUGAACUAGAGUUGUGGAGCUGGGUUUACGCAGCUCCACAACUCCACUCCAGACCCAACUCCUGGAGCUAAAUUUAGGAGUUGGAGUUGUACCAAACAGGCCCAUGACUUCUCCUGGAAUUUCCAGUUGCUAGAAGCCCCCCAAAACAGUCCAAAUUUUUAUCCAGAUUCUGAGAAGUUAUAGUUGUAGAAUCCAGAAAUUGAACUAGAAGCCAGAAGCUGAGUUUCCCAAAUUCUCCAGAUUCUUACCAACUGUUUCUCAAAAUCUUAAGCUCCCCAAACAUGGUAGGAUACCAUCAUGGUGCGUCGCAAUCUUGAGACAGUAGUCAUACACAUGCGCAUUUGUUGUGCAUGGAUGGAAAUUUUGUAGUAGGAUUUGUGCAAACUUAUUCCGAACUGAUCUUGUGACGAUUUUCAAGCUAUGUUUGAUGUCGCAUUUUCUUCAUUUAGCAAUGUUGUGUUACAGUUACAUAAUAAGUAAUGUCCAAAUGCAUAUUUAAUGUAGAAGU